CCGCAAUGAACCUGCGCGGCCUGUUCCAGGAUUUCAACCCCAGCAAAUUUCUCAUUUACGCCUGCCUGCUGCUUUUUUCUGUGUUGCUCUCUCUACGUCUGGAUGACAAAAUUCAGUGGAGUUACUGGGCUGUAUUUGCUCCAAUAUGGCUAUGGAAGCUAAUGGUGAUUGUUGGUGCCUCAGUGGGAACAGGAGUAUGGGCCAGAAACCCACAGUAUCGAGCAGAAGGAGAAACCUGUGUGGAGUUCAAAGCUAUGUUAAUUGCAGUAGGCAUCCACCUGCUGCUGCUGAUGUUUGAAGUUCUGGUGUGUGACAGGAUCGAAAGAGGAACCCAUUUCUGGCUUCUGGUCUUCAUGCCAUUAUUCUUUGUAUCUCCAGUGUCAGUUGCAGCUUGUGUAUGGGGAUUCCGACAUGACAGGUCUCUGGAGUUGGAAAUCUUGUGUUCAGUCAAUAUUCUACAGUUCAUAUUUAUUGCACUCAGACUAGACGAGAUCAUCAGAUGGCCAUGGCUUGUUGUUUGUGUUCCACUGUGGAUCUUGAUGUCCUUUCUGUGUCUAGUAGUGCUCUAUUACAUUGUAUGGUCUGUUCUAUUCUUGCGCUCUAUGGAUGUGAUUGCUGAGCAAAGGAGGACACACAUAACAAUGGCUGUCAGCUGGAUGACAAUUGUAGUUCCACUGCUCACAUUUGAGAUCUUACUAGUACACAGGUUGGAUGGGCAUAAUUCUUUUUCUUUUAUACCCAUAUUCGUUCCUCUCUGGCUUUCACUGAUAACUUUAAUGGCAACAACAUUUGGACAAAAAGGAGGAAAUCACUGGUGGUUUGGCAUUCGCAAAGAUUUUUGCCAGUUCCUGCUUGAAAUUUUCCCAUUCUUACGAGAAUACGGAAAUAUUUCUUAUGAUCUUCAUCAUGAAGAUAAUGAGGAAACAGAAGAAACGCCACUGCCUGAACCACCAAAAAUUGCACCAAUGUUUCGAAAAAAGACUGGAGUGGUCAUUACACAGAGUCCUGGAAAAUAUGUGAUUCCACCUCCCAAAUUAAACAUUGAUAUGCCAGAUUAAGAUGACAGUAGCAUAUUAAACUUGAACUGGGAAUCAGCAGACAAAUGUACUUCAUCUCAUGCCUUGUCCCAAUUACUUCAAAAUAGGUAUUGCUGAAUCAGUGGCUUGGAUUUCACAAAUCAGAGAUCUUGAAGAUAAUCUGAGAGCUUUUCCAGAGAUAUGUUGUGUAAUUUGUGAACCUUCCUAACGGGUUGGUUGCACACUUGCCUGUAUAGUAUUUAUAUGAACAUUUUAGCAGUGUAAUAUAUUGUUUAAAAGUCUUGUCCUGUACAGUAUAAGUAUUAUCUAAAAGUAUUUUUUUAAAAACCCUGUAUGAAAUGCCUAUGCUAUUCCAAGUGUCUUUUAGGUCCUAAAUAUACACUUGAUUUCCAUGUCUGUUUUAAAUGCUUUGGGGAUGUCUUCAUAUAGUACCUCUUCUUUUUCUGUUCAGCCACAAUCAUUGUCUUAACCACAGAGGCACAGGAGUGUUGCACUUCUCAGGCAAGACUAGAAAGCUUUUUUUGGGGGAAACAAUGUAUAGCAAUUUACAUGAUGUUUUGAGUUAGCUAUGUAAAUUUUCAUUAAGUAUUUCAACUUCUGCACUGGCUUGGGAGUUAAGUGUUGCCUCUGUUGCUUUUCCAGUUUUAUGUUGUAAUUCUUGAGCAGCAUGUACACCAUUCUCCCAUUAGAUUGGCUGUUUAAUAAGCUGUGUAGCGAUUCAUGAAGAAUUGUUCAAAGAGGAAGUACUAGCAAGGAGAGGACCUCUGAGAAUUUUUGAAAGUGAGAGCACAAAAAGCUUCACUCAUCGCCUCCAUCUGGACAGAUUCACCAGAAAGCUGUAGGAUUUUCCAAAAUUGGGCUUGCACAAUGUCUUGCUAGCAGAAGAAACAGCUAGGGAGGUAUGCUGGAUCCUCUAUGUGCAAACUAACUCAGAAUAUUCUAGUGGGACACAUCUCUGUUCUAAUGAAGUGUCUUUACUACAUAGGAGAUAAGGAUAAAUGUUCUGAUUGUCAUUUGUUUCUCGGCUCAUGUUCAGGAGUUUUUGAGGUAGCAUUUCUGAGCAGUAGAAAUGCUGAUAAAAUAUACAUUGGUCUUUUCCAAUUUCAACACAUAAAAUGGAAAGAUA